GUCGAGGCGAGAAAGAGCAGAUCCACCGGAAGCGUCAGCCCACACGACCACCGCCCCGGCGAGCGUGACAGACAGGGCCCAGUUACUCUCGCGAAAAUGGGUGUUACCGUUCACGUCAUCAAGCCAGGAGACGGCGUCAACUUUCCGAAGAAAGGCCAGAACGUCACCGUGCACUACGUCGGCACACUGCCAAACGGCGAGAAGUUUGACUCCUCCCGGGACCGAGGAAAGCCAUUCAAUUUCAAGCUCGGCCAUGGGCAGGUCAUUCGUGGUUGGGAUGAAGGUGUAGCUCAGAUGAGCAAGGGGCAGGUGGCGCGCUUGACCUGCACACCGGACUAUGCGUACGGCAGCAGGGGGUUCCCUCCCGUCAUCCCACCCAACGCCACUCUGCUUUUCGAUGUGGAACUCAUUGACUUUUGAGUGUUUUUCUCGUUAUAAUUUUAUCCCCGAGCCCCCAACCACCCACCCACCCCGCCUCCCUCACUUCGACCUCAUCCGCCACAAAUGAAGUUGCCGUCAGGGGCCUUUACAGUCAUCAAUGUUCUCCCACGCCUUGAUGAUCUGACGCGCACCGUCCAACAAUUCUUGUGUUUGUCAACUGGAUAAUAUAGUGGAGCAGGGUUUGUAUUUAAAAUUGACUUCAAACUCAGGUGCCC